AUGUUGUUGAGAUCGCUGCAGUCUGGUGAGUUAAGAGGCGGGCCAGGCGCAUCCAUCGAAGAGCUCUCUAUGCUCGCAAAGAAGGAUCCACGCAAAAUCAUGAUCUCAGAGCUCAAGCGUAAGCUCGAGCCAUUGGAGUCAGCGAACCAAAACGGAAAGCCCAAGUCGCGGCGACCGCAGAAGAGAAAGUCCAAGUCACUGGUUAUUAAGGACGAAACUCAGAUGUGUCAGUGGCCUGCAAAGAGCGAACAAGAUGGGUCGUUUCAGCGUCAGUUCGUACAGUGUGAUAACUGCGACUUGUGGUAUCACUUUGGCUGCGCUGGUUUUUCUGAGGGAGAUCCUCGCUUGGAGGAGCAAGAUUCUGUCUUUAUCUGUCCGCCAUGCUGGUACGUGUUCAACAGAUUCACCCCGCGCAGGCACGCUGAAAGAUGUGCCCGUCCAGAUUGUUCACUCACCCAACUCGAUGCAGAGGAGUUUGUCAUCGAGCGCCUAGUCGGGCGGAAAACCAUCGGAGAAGCUGGGUACCUGUUUUUGGUGAAAUGGGAGGGGUACCCGAUCACGCAAGCUAGCUGGAUCCCUGAGGGGAGCAUAAGCGGUGCCUUCAAAGUCUUUGAUCGGUUUAUGGCAGAUGCGACGGCUGAAGGUAUCGAUCUCAAUCCGAAAGGCGCUGUUCUGCUGGAGGAGGCGAGACAUGGCGGGUGGGAUAUCUAGACUGAAUUGCGGUGCUUCAUCUUUCUGUGUGCAUUUGACGACGAACUCGCGCAUUCUCCCAUUGGCAGGGCAAUCGAUGUACAUCCUGUUAAUCGGGCUUCCCGUAUUUGAUUCUUAGGUGCUGUAUCAACCAAUUAUUGUUUUACUGCAAACCAGUUGCUUUAUCAUGCUCACCUACAUAAGCUGAACAUUGGACAAUGCCGUUAUACGGCAUGUAGCCUCCCGUAGUACGCAGACGGCCGACCGGAUAGAAUAGAGAUUGUUAUUCCGUCCAUAUUAUGGGUAGCAUGGGUGUCUGGCUUGAGAAUUGAAAAA